AUGCGCGGCGCUCUCGCUGCGCUCUCUCCCUGCUCAUGGGACCUGAUGCCGCGCCACCUCUGUGGCCGCUCCAUCCUCUCUGACGGCGCCAGCCCUCCGGCUGCGCCAUCUCUCUUUGGUUGGCACAGAAUCUGUGUCUGCGCCAUUCUUGCUGUCGCUGGCGACUGUUCUGGGCAGCAGUACACGAUGGGCGGCGGCCUCGUCUGCCGCGCUUGUGGCGCUCUCGUGGUCGCCUCGGUGAGCCUCGUCUCGCUCUUCGUCUACUCGAGCCUCGUCUCGUGUGCCGCCUCGUGGGCGGCGUGGCGGGCUGCUGUCUCUGCCGCCGCCUCGAUGAGCCUCGUCUCGCUCUUCGUCUACUCGAGCCUCGUCUCGUGUGCCGCCUCUUGGGGGGCGUGGCGUGGCGGGCGGCUGUCUCUGCCGCCGCCUCGAGUGAGCCUCGUCUCGCUCUUCGUCUACUCGAGCCUCGUCUUGUGUGCCGCCUCUUGGGCGGCGUGGCGUGGCGGGCGGCUGUCUCUGCCGCCGCCUCGUGUGAGCCUCGUCUCGCUCUUCGUCUACUCGAGCCUCGUCUCGUGUGCCGCCUCGUGGGCGGCGUGGCGUGGCGGGCGGCUGUCUCUGCCGCCGCCUCGAGUGAGCCUCGUCUCGCUCUUCGUCUGCUCGAGCCUCGUCUCGUGGGCCGCCUCGUGGGCGGCGUGGCGUGGCGGGCGGCUGUCUCUGCUGCCGCCUCGUGUGAGCCUCGUCUGGCUCUUCGUCUACUCGAGCCUCGUCUCGUGUGCCGCCUCGUGGGCGGCGUGGCGUGGCGGGCGGCUGUCUCUGCCGCCGCCUCGAGUGAGCCUCGUCUCGCUCGUCGUCUACUCGAGCCUCGUCUCGGGUAAGCCAUUCUUGGUGUACCAGCUCACAGGAGGGCCGCUUGAACACGAUUGUUGCACGGCGUGA